AUGCUGACCGUGGCCUGGCACCCGAACGCAGAGCAGAUCCGCACGCCCAUCACCGAUCUGUUCAAGAUCAAGCACCCCGUUCUGCUUGCCGGCAUGAACGUGGCUGCCGGGCCCAAGCUGGCGGCCGCCGUCACCAACGCCGGCGGCCUCGGCGUCAUCGGCGGUGUCGGCUACACCCCCGACAUGCUCCGCGAGCAGAUUGCCGAGCUGAAGGAGUACCUCAACGACAAGAACGCCCCCUUUGGCGUCGACCUGCUCCUCCCCCAGGACGGCCCUGGCAGCUACGACUACACCAAGGGCAAGCUCGGUGAGCUCGUCGACAUCGUCAUCGAGUCGGGCGCCAAGGUCUUCGUCUCGGCCGUCGGCGUCCCCCCCAAGGAGGUGGUCGAUAAGCUGCACAAGCAUGGCAUCGUCUACAUGAACAUGAUUGGCCACGUCAAGCACGUCAAGAAGUGCGCCGAGGUCGGCGUCGACAUCAUCGUGGCCCAGGGCGGCGAGGGUGGUGGCCACACCGGCGACAUCCCCACCACGGUCCUCAUCCCGGCCGUCGUCGAGGAGUGCAAGAAGUACACGUCUCCUCUCACCGGCGGACCCGUCCAGGUCAUCGCCGCCGGUGGCAUCCACAACGGCCAGCUGCUCGCGUCGGCCCUCAUGAUGGGCGCCGGCGCCGUCUGGGUCGGCACCCGCUUCAUCCUCACCGACGAGGCGGGCGCUCCCAAGGCCCACAAGGACGCCGUCCGCACCGCCGGCCACGACGACAACGUCCGCACCAUCAUCUUCACCGGCCGCCCCAUGCGUGUGCGCAACAACCCGUACAUCAACGACUGGGAGACGAACCGCCAGCAGGAGAUGAAGGAGCUGGCGGCCAAGGGAACCAUACCCUACGAGGCCGACCUCGACAAGUUCAUGGGCGAGGGCAACAAUGACAAGAAGCCCAGCGUCGAGAGCCACACGGCAGCCGCCGAGGACGAGGACGACGACCUCGACGACCCUCUUGAGCAGUUCCGCCCCUACCUGAUGGGCAAGUGCGCCGCCGUCUGCAACGAGACCAAGUCGGCCAAGGGCGUCGUCGACGAGUUCGUCAACGACGCCGUGAAGUGGAUCCAGGCGGGAAACAAGAUGAUUGCCAAGCUGUGA